AAUAUAAAUAUAAUACUUCCACAGAAUGUUCCUUCAAGCGAUAGCCCUGUUCCAAGUGAAGAUUCUGAUACCAAUAUUAGAAGUGAUACAGCUGCUAAUAAUCGCUCUAUCGUCUUUCGAAAUUGGAGAGCCUCUGUACCCUGCUCACGCCAACGUGCCAGCAGAUUCGAGUUACGACUUCAUAAUCGUGGGCGGAGGAUCAGCUGGCUGCGUACUAGCUAACAGACUCACCGAAGUCGCCAAUUGGACUGUGCUGAUGAUAGAAGCUGGCGAUGACCCUCCAAGCAUAGCUAAUAGUCCCGGUUAUUCGCUUAUAACUUCGACAUUACUGCCGAACUGGGGAUAUUUCGGCGUAAACGACGACUUUUCGAGUCAAGGCCAGAAAUUUAAAAGCAUCCGACACACGAGGGGUAAAAUGUUAGGUGGCUCGAGUUCCCUCAACUCUAUGUUUUACGUCCGAGGGAACAGGGCUGAUUACGACAAUUGGGCCGAAAACGGAAACGAAGGCUGGGACUGGAAUACAGUCAUUCAGUACUUUAAGAAAAGUGAAAGACUCGAUGACAAUCAUAUCUUGAGCAGUGAAUCCGCAGACUUACACGGCAACAAAGGAUACCUCGGAGUCACGAGACCGCUGUGGAAGUCUUUCGACGAAGGUCUUUUUGACGCUUUCAAAGAACAAGGCCACGAAGUGUUACUCGACACGAAUGGACAACAACAACUUGGCUAUUCGAUCCCCGCAUACACGAUAGCCGGUCAAAAACGUCAAAGCACUGCUUAUUCUUUCCUAGCGCCAAUAAAAAAUCGACCCAAUUUGCACCUCAUUAAGAACAGUUUAGUGAGAAAAGUCAUAUUUGACAAAAACAAUAAAACGACUGGCGUCGAAGUGAGAACUCCCACAGGUUUCUUGAAUAUUUCGGUGACUAAAGAAGUCAUUUUAUCAGCCGGUGCAAUUAACAGUCCGCAAUUGUUGAUGCUCUCCGGUGUCGGACCUAAACAGCACUUGGAAGAUAUGAACAUCAGUUUAGUAGUUGACUCGCCUAACGUCGGAGGAAACAUGCAAGACCACAUAUUAGUCCCUGUCUUACUAACAGGAAUGGAAAGCAUAUCUUCUGCUAUCAGCAACAUAGACCCUUUGUUGAACAUGGAUAAGGUUCCGGUGCCGCUCAUUUUGGGCUUUGUCGCUUUGAACAAAUCCCAGUCGUAUCCAGAUUAUCAAGUAACUGCAACAGUUUCACCUACGGCCUCAUUUCUUCCAGUGCUGAUGUGCUCGCAAAUGCUCAUGUUGAGCGAUGAUAUAUGCAUCGCCCUAUCGGAAGCGGGCUUAGGACAAGAAACUGUCUUCUCAUUGAUCACACUGCUACAUCCCGAAUCGAGAGGAAAGAUUGCUCUGAAAAGCUCUAAUCCCGAGGAUCCACCAAUUAUCUACUCCGGCUAUUUUACUAACGAAAACGACUUAGAUAAUUUCGCCCGUUACCUAGAGAACUUCAACACGGUCAUCAACAGUACACACUUCAAAAAAUUGAAGUCUCAAGUGGUCGAUCUAAAGGUGAAACAAUGUCGGCAAUGGCCCUUUGGAAGUCACGAGUACUGGGCCUGUUAUGCCCUUAAUUUAGCCAGCACACAGUACCAUACCGUAGGGACUUGCGCCAUGGGCGAUAAACAUAUAGGGGUGGUAGACUCGAGGUUAAGAGUUCACGGUGUGAAAGGUCUUCGAGUGGUGGAUGCUAGCGUUAUGCCAACCAUAACCAGCGGAAAUACGUAUGCCCCAGUAGUAAUGAUAGCUGAGAAGGCGGCGGAUAUGAUCAAGAUUGAUCAUGGACAUCUAGAAAAUUGUCUUUAACGUAUUAUAGUUUUUGCUAAUAAGAUUUAAUUUAUAUUAAACUAAUUUAUAUAGUUC